AUGAGUGCCGAAUCCCCAGAGACAGACUCGCCUUCUCUCAAGGCCGAGGUUACACGACUGGAGAACGGGUCCGCUGCCACCAACGGCGGGAAACCAAAGCUGGGGUCCGGUGUACGGGGGACGCGCAUCGGCCAUAAGAAGUCGAGAAACGGUUGCCAGCAGUGCAAAAAGCGCCGCGUCAAGUGUGACGAAAAUCGACCAUGUCGGAAUUGCGUGCGACACGACGUCAAGUGCAGUCUGGUCUUGACUCCGUUCGCUCCCCAGCUCCCGGCUGUCACCGAGUCGCCAAAGCCAGCCCCGGAGGCGGCAAGUACUGCGACCCCCGGUAGCGUUGGGGAUGCUUCUUCGACCAGUCGCCCGGGCAGUCGCCGGGACCGGCACUCGCCUCAGUUGACGUCGUUGAAGGAAAAGGUGGCGGCCAUGCAAGGGCUUCUGGCCGAGUUUACGGCUGAGAUGGAUGCGAUGAAUAACCCGGGCGCCAACGACAACGACAACAGCUCUGCGUCAAAUCGAGGCGAAUGCGGGGAUCCCCAGCAUAUCCCCCAGGCGGACUGGCUCACCGAUAUGCAGCUCGUACACCACUUCACUUCCAACACGGCUCACACCUUGUCCGAGAACCCCGACUUCGUUCACCUGUGGACGACUACCGUUCCCGAAAUCGCAUUUGCCCAUGACUUCCUCCUCCAUGGCAUCCUGGCCGUGUCUGCGAUUCACCUUUCCUAUCUCAACCCGGAAAAGCGAGAGGAAUACACCACCAUCUCCACCCGUCAUCAGAACAUUGCCCUUAGCAAGUUCUCCCCAGGGUUGAACGACAUUGGCGAGAAUAAUGCCGAUGCCUAUGUUCUACACGCCAUCUGCAUAUUUCUUUUGAACACUUACUCAAUAGCUCAUCCCCACGGCCCCAUCACAUCCAAGGACGUGGCCCAGUCCUUCAUUCUACUACAGGGCAUUAAGAGCAUACUGACCCUUCCAUUCGCCUAUCGCUACAUCUCGAACGGUCCCCUAGCUCGGUGGCUCUAUCAAGGCGGAGUCGAGCCAGCCGUCGGAGGUAACUUCGCCAACAAGAUCGACGACCUUCUUAACCUCACCCGGAGCAUGGCCCCAUCCGAAGACACGUCAAUGUGUCAGUCCGCACUCGAGGGCCUGAAGCUCACCUUCGCCGCCGUCUCGACACCAUCUCACCGGUCCGGUCUCGUCUGGCGAUGGGCCGUCUCGCUACCUCAAUCCUUCCUCGAGCUUAUGAGCCAGAACCAUCCAAUGGCUCUCACCAUCCUCAUGUACUACGCAGCACUCGUCCACGCAUUCGAGCGAAAGCUUUGGUACCUCAACGGCUGGGGGCACAACGUGGCUUCGGCCCUGGACAAGGCCAUCCAGGACCCGUGGAGGGAAUGGAUACAGUGGCCGUUGCGAUGUGUCCGCGAUGGCGUUGACAUCAGGCAAGUUGAGCCGAACCCGCCGCCGAACGCCGUACCCAAGUGGGACCCGAAUAUUGCUCCAGUAUUCAAGCUGGACCUGUUCAGACUGGGCGAACCUCCACAGCCUCCACCGUGA